AUGGGAAAUAUAACCAAGAGAGGAAGCAGAGACUUGGCCAUUGACAGUGCCAAGUCACUGGAAAACAACCCAUCUGUAGCAUUUCACAUUGAACUCUUUGAAGCCAUAAUGAGAGAAGACUGCACCACGAUCAAGGGACUCCUAAGAAAUCACCCCAUCAACCAACCCAUGACCAUUAUGGCCAGCUCCACCAGCCACAGAUUACUUGUAAAUCAGCAGACAGAGUGUAUCAUCCCCAUUCAUCUGGCUGCCAAAAACCAAAAGCCACAAAGCUUGCUUUGUCUGUUAGAACAUGGUGCUGACCCAGAAAUAAGGGAUACAAGAGGCCUCACUACACUGCACCUGAUGCUACUAUACUGGCCAAUCACUUCUACCGGGUGGACAAACCCAAGCAACAGACUGCAAAGGAUCCUGACAGACAUUCAGAAUAAAGCUGUAUUGUGUCUCCGCAUUUUGUGUGAACAUGGAGCUCAAGUAAAUGCUCGCGUGGACAACAGCUACAAACAUUCACCCCUCCACCUAGCCAUAACAUAUGGGACCUAUCCAGUUCUCUCCAUUUUGGCCCAAAAUGGUGCCCAUGUCAAUGCUAUUAAUGAAUCCAGGAUGACACCCCUUCACAUGGCUGCAGACAUACUGAAUAAGGAGAUGAUGGAAACACUCAUUGCUUGUGGAGCCAGUGUUAACUUUGCUGUCUCCUCCACGGGCAACACGGCCCUGAAGCUGGCAGUGUGCACCGCCUCAGGCAAAGCAGGCCGGCUGUUGGCAGCAGGGAUGAGCUGCAUCCAUUUGCUGCUAAUUCACGGAGCCAAUGUCAAUGCCCAGGACCACGAAGGUCAAACAGCUAUCCAUGAGGCAUGUUUUGGAGGCAGAGAGGCAAUAAUCAAUCUCCUGCUUGAAUUUGAAGCUAAUGUUAAUAUUUUAACAAGAAAUGGGGAAUCACCAAUUUAUAUGUACCUUCAGCACAGUUCCAAUAUAAGAAAUACGGCACUUCUUGCCAGGCUACUUUAUCACACUUAUCCUUUGAGACUGACUAAUGACAAAGGAAUUCUACCUGCAGGAAUCAUGCUACCAGAAUUCCAUCUCUUAAGAGAAACCCUAAUAAAGUUAUCUCAAAAAUCUUUAUCCCUAGAGGAUAUCUGUAAAAGAAACAUCAGAAAUAUUUAUGGUGUGAAAUACAAGCAACACUUGAAGCAACUUCUCCCAGUGAAGAUAUGGAAUUCUAUAUACUGUUGUAAUGACUUAGCUUAUCUCUUGAAAUAA